AUGCCGGCUGCGGAUCCGAGGGACUGGCUGUGCUAUACCGCUAGAGCCCUUCAGUCCCUUCUUCCCCUAUCAACCGGUUUGUUCUAUCUUAUUGCGUCUGCCAUUGAUUAUGUUCUUUCGAAGAGUCACGAAGACAAGCCUCUACCGUUGCCUUUACACAAUGGCAUUAUCGGCUUGAUAUUGAUCGUCCUGGCUACCUACGGCAGUGAAGCAUCCUUGCUGUUAUAUGAAUUCCUUGGCAAAAACCAGCAGCCUUCUGAGGAUCGCCUUGUCUUUGCACUUGGAUCACUGCUCGUAUGGACCACAAUACUUCUUGGGCUUACAAGUGGAACACGCCCACGGUCACUUGGGUUUCCACGCUGGGGCUGUUGGAUGAUCUACACUGCUGCGGAGAGUGCCUUUCUUUUCUACCACCUGACAACUCAUGAUCGGCUUCACAGAUGUUAUCUUAUCUUUCGAACAACUCGAGUGGUGAUAUUUUUCACUCUCUGCGGUUUAUCCACCUUCCAAAGCCCUUUGAUCAGUGCGAGAUUCAAUGACGGAACUCCCAGGAAUGAUGACAAUUGCCCUUUGCUGCAUCACCUUCCGCCAGGGUGUAAUAGCGGAUACUCAACUAUUUCUGACAAUGUUAGUGACGAAUCAAGUGAUACAAAACCAUUUGAGGUGAAAAACAACUUGUCAAAAACAUUUGAAACUUUGAAGUGCAUUGCGCCAUUCUUAUGGCCCAAGGGAAAUUUUGGACUUCAACUUCUCUAUCUCGGAGUCGGUCUUUGCUUGCUUGCUGAUCGCUUUAUUAAUAUUCUUCUCCCAAUACAGCUCGGUGCAAUCACAGACGUUUUGACAAGCGAGCACGUCUUACCCUGGAGAAAUAUCAUCUUCUAUACUUUAUUACGGCUUCUCGAUUCAGGUGGUGGCUUGUGGGCUCUACGGGCAUAUCUAUGGAUACCGUUGGAAAACGACUCCUACAAAAAGAUAGCAACAGCAGCUUUCAAUCAAAUCAUGGAUCUUUCCAGUGACUUUCAUGAUGAUAAAAGUUCAGGGAAGGUAUGGCAUGCGGUGACCCGAGGUACAACAAUUCGCCACAUGAUAAGAUCACUUCUAUUUCAAAUCAUACCGAUGAUCACAGACCUUCUUCUGGCAGUUAUAGUUCUUCACGUUAUGUUCGGCCCGUAUAUGGGCUUAAUAACUGCAACCGUUAUCAUGGUUUUUCUGUGGUCUUCGGGGAGAAUUCUCGCUUUACAAAAACUGAGACGCAAGAACUGGAUUUCAAUUAUGGAAAAAGAACAGAAUAUUUUGUGUGAAUCGACGACCAAUUGGAAGACGGUUUCCUACUUUAAUAGAAUCCCUUAUGAGAAAGAUCGCUUUUCGUCAGUAGUCGAUGAACGAGUGAAAUCCGACACCUCAUUCAGACUGUGGACUCACGCAGAGACUGCAGUGCAGUCUCUAGUCCUCAUUCUUGGCUUAAUGGGUGCUUGCUUUCUUGUUGCUUACCAGGUUUCAGCUGGUAGGAAAGAGGUUGGGAGCUUUGUUAUGCUAAUUGGAUACUGGGCUCGACUCUCCAGUCCACUUCAAUUUUUCGCAAGCGGUUUCACUUCCAUCACAAUCGAUCUGGUUGAUGCUGAGGAGUUCAUCGCACUUUUGAAAAAGGACCCUUCUAUUAAGGAGAAGUGCAACGCAAAGAUAUUAUAUGCCCCGCGCGGCGCUCUUCGGUUCCAGAAUGUCAAAUUCUCGUAUGAUGGCCAACGGCAGAUUUUGAAAGGCAUUUCAUUUGAGGCUCAUCCAGGACAGACGAUAGCACUCGUAGGGGAAACUGGAAGCGGAAAAUCCACGAUCUUGAAGCUUCUGUUCCGUUUCUAUAAGGCAAAUUAUGGCUCUAUUGAGAUUGAUGGCCAUGAUAUCAGUGAUGUUACUCUCCAGAGUCUCCGGUCUAAUAUAGGCGUCGUUCCUCAAGAUCCUGCUCUCUUCAACGACACGAUUUUGAACAACAUAAGAUACGCAAAUCUGAUCGCCACAGACGAGGAGAUCUAUAAGGCAUGUGCUGCAGUGAGACUUCACCAUAAAUUCCUCAGUCUCCCGCACGGUUACCAAACAAACGUGGGUGAGCGAGGUGUGAAACUAUCCGAAGGAGAGUUACAGCGUGUAGCUAUAGCCCGAGUACUUAUCCAGAACCCACGGAUCAUUCUUCUGGAUGAAGCAACAAGCUCUGUUGAUAGUGAAACCGAAUCAUAUAUUCAGCAAAGCCUGAGUAGUCUGGCCGCUGGGAGGACUAUAAUAGUUGUCGCGCAUCGCCUGUCAACCAUCGUCGAUGCUGACCACAUUCUGGCUCUAAAAGACGGCAAUAUAGUUGAACGAGGUAACCAUCUGGAACUCAUCAACCGAAAUGGUUACUACUGCCGACUAUGGAAGAAACAGUCAGACGGAGGAGAGUUAAGCCUUUCUAGAGAGGGGAAUGCGAUCAAGACUGCGGACAAGUUCCUAUUCAAACCAGAGGCCCCUGAGUUUAUACCUAGGUGGAGUGAUUGA